UUUCACUCCCUUUUGUGUUCUGUUCCCUCUCUUCCCCUAUUUCAACACUCCCCUUUUGUCUCUGUUUCUUUUAAUUUUUACCUUUUUAAAUAUGGGAAAUCAUAAGUCAACCUCACCUCAUCAUUUGGCCUUGGUUCUUCAAAGCACCACCUCAUAUCCCACUUUCUUUGUUUCUUUGGGUUUUGCUUUUAAGUUUUUUUUUUUUUUCUCUCUCAUCUUCUAUAUAAUUCACCAUUCUCCAUCAUUCACUCCUUCACUAUGGGAAACAUGAAGGUGCAUCAGUUGGCACGUGGAUUCUGGGAGCACGAACCAUCCCUCUCUCUUGGAUGCAAGCGCUUUCGCCCUCUUGCUCCCAAGCUGCAGGCUACCUCUACUGAUACCGUCUCCUCUUUCGACCUUAAGAGCUUCAUUAGACCCGAAAGUGGCCCUAGAAAGCUUGGCCCUUAUGACGAGAAGCGAGAUUCUCCUCAGGUGGAAACGCACCCUGGAGGUACGCGGUGGAAUCCAACGCAAGAACAGAUAGGGAUUUUGGAGAUGCUGUAUAGAGGUGGGAUGCGAACUCCAAAUGCACAACAAAUAGAACAAAUCACUGCGCAGCUAGGAAAGUACGGCAAGAUCGAAGGCAAAAACGUUUUCUACUGGUUCCAAAACCACAAAGCACGUGAGAGACAAAAGCAGAAGCGCAACAGCCUUGGCCUUAGCCACUGUCCCAGAAACUCAGCUCCCAUUACCACCAUAACUUUGGAUACUAGGGUGGAAAUAAUGGAAAGAGAGGAGGAUAGUCCAUAUAAGAGGAAGUGCAGAAGCUGGUCAUUUGAGUACUUGGAAGAAGAAAGCAGAUCGCCAUGUAAAGAGGAGGAAAACAUAACUCUAGUGCUCUUCCCAUUACACCCGGAAGGCAGAUGAAAGGGUUGGGAAAAAAAAAAGAAAGGAAAACCAAAAGGAAAUAACUGCUAGAAAACCAAAACUCUGUUCCCAUUAUGAUCUGCUUUGACGAUGGUGAUGAUGAUGAUGUGCAAUAACUUUUUCUUUCUUUUCUUUUGUUUCGGGAAGGAAGAAAGACAAAGUUGUCUCAUUGUAUUCUACUGCUUAAUUAUUUAUUCCUGACUUGAAACCAAAGCAGGUUUGUGCCACUCUUUUAUUCGAUCCCUCACUCUCUCUCUGAGUUCAGCUGGUGAAUUGUUUCUUGGGUAUGUGAUCCUUUGAUCACUUGUUGAAAUGAAGCUUUUAGGUUAAAAGCAAUCGCUCUUGGACACUGGAGUCCAGGCAACUGCUUUUGUCGUUCAUCCCCUUAAGCCUACCUCCCCUUGAACCUUGGAUAUAUAUUUCAAGUUUUUACAAAAAUUGCAGAAGGAGACGUGUCCUCAUCCCCUCCAUGCUAGAAACAAAGUUGGUGGAUGCCGUGGGUGUUCUCAAAAUAUUAAAAAUAAUAAAUGAAAUGCAUGAUCUGUAUUAUCUUAUGCUUCUAUUACUUGGAAGACUUCCCCAAAGUUGAUAGU